AUGGCGGCAGUGGCGGAAGCUGUUCCUAUGGAGUCCCAGGCAAGGCAUAUUGUCUACUGUGAUGUAUGCACAUUGCCGCCCGAGUACUGCGAGUUCGGGGGGCAUUCCAAGAAGUGUGAAGAAUGGCUCAAAGACAACCACCCAGACUUACAUGCACAAUUGUAUUCCGAGGAAGCCCUCAAUGCAAACCUUUCAAAUCUCUCUGUAUCUGUUCGUGAGCGUGCAGCCAAGGAUGCUGCAAAGAAAGAGGCAAAAGCGGCCCUGGCCGACCAACGCGAGGCCGAACGAAAAGCAUCUUCAAAAAUCCAGAUCAAGCGUGUCGAACGCAACAAGCGUAAAUACGUAACAGUUGUCGCCGGCCUACCGGUAUACGGGUUGGAUAAUAAAAAGGUGGCUAAGGAUCUGGGAAAGAAGUUCGCUACCGGCUCGUCAGUGACGAGAGCACCUGGCGGGGUAGAGGAGAUCACAGUGCAAGGCGAUGUCAGCGAUGAGAUCAUGGAGUGGUUACUGGAGGUUCAUGGCAAUGAAAUCCCGGAAGGCAAUAUCGAGCUGAUCGAAGACAAGAAGAAAAAGAAAGAAGCUGCCUGA